CGUACACCACCACCACCACAUCUCUCUCCUUGGCUUCUCCUCUCCAAUCUCGUUGGGGUGGGUUCGCCGGCGUGGAUCCGCUAGUCCAUCGUCUCCGCACGGAGAGCUCCGCCAGUCCACGAUCGGUCGCCGCUGGGGUCGCCGCGAAGGCCGCCGGGUCUGGAUCCGGACGAGAUGAAGCUCUUGUUGCGCAGGCGACUUUGGGGCGGCUGGCCGUGCCCGAGUGAGAGGACCAACGUCGGUGUGCCGGUACGCACACCAAGACAUGGUCGGGUUCCUCGCCGCUUUGACCUCCUAUGCACUGCACCGCCCGUGUUUCAGCCCUGGUUGUCCAACUCCGGCCGCCGCCGCCUCUCGAUCUCCACCGCCGGUGGUUAGCCGUGAAAUUCCUGUGGCUGAUACACCCUUGACAUAAACCUCAUCACGCGCUACCCCGCCCCUGAAACAAUGCAGCUCCGCAGCCGUCCUGCCAAGACACUGCCCAUUGCUCUCAAUGCACAAGCCAUAGUCGACAGCCUUACUGAAAAUAAUAAGGAAAUGGUGUGGGUUAGCUGAAUGGUAAGGGAUGACGAACUCCACAUAAUACAGGUUCAAGGCAUUCCUGGCAUCUGUCCCCCAACUACGCUGGUCGUCAAGAAGUUCCAGAAUGAGAACCCAGCACUGCAGGUGGACGGCAAUGUCACGUACCGCUACAAGUCGGAGAUGAUCAUGUUAGCCAGCAAUUCUCACGACAGCAUCAUCAAAGUCGUAGACCUCAUCCAGUGGGAAGACGCCAUCAUGCUUGUCUAUGAGUAUCCGGUGAAUGGCAGCCUUCAAUCCUGGCUGCACCAACCCAUGGAUGUUGGUCGUGGUCGGCCGUUGAGCUGGCCAGAGAGGAGGGUCAUUGCCAUCGGCGUGGCCAAAGGACUCUGCCACAUGCACUACAGAUGCAAAAGGCCGAUCAUCCACCACAACAUCAACUCAAACAACAUCUUGCUUGAUCAGAAUUUCAAGCCCGUGAUAGCCAGUUUUGACGCUGCACAGAUGAAUAUGGCCGGACUCGACCAACCGUUGCCAAUUGUUGGCCUGCCUCUUGGUAACUUUGGGUAUGCCGCUCCAUACUACGGGGUCGCAGCAAGCGAGCUGACGGAGAAGGUCGACACAUACAGCUUUGGAGUGCUCAUGCUGGAGCUCGUCACGGGGCGAAUGACCAAUGAAGCUGGAGCAGAUGGUCAUUUGGCGACUUGGGCGAGGAACAACUUCACUAAACUGAUGUUAAACCAGCAGGAAAUGUUCCAGAGUGCCGUGGACCGGGACAUCCCAGAUCAAGCGCGGUACAUGAAGGAGAUGGCAACUGUGUUCAUGCUGGGUGUUGAUUGCACCGCUGUUGAUCCACAGAAAAGGCCGUCCAUGCGGAUGGCUCUCAAACGACUCCGCCGCGGCUAUGGGCGCGGCCCAUUCCGUGGCCUCCUCGCCUGCUAUCUGAUGUGAUGCUUGUUGUCUUUUCAUGUACAAGCAGUGAUGUGGUUGAAUUAAUUUGUAGAUACGUCCAAAGUUUUAAAUAGCGCGCUAAGCAUCUUAGCGGCGGACCUCUUUCAAAUGCUAUAGCGUGCUAUAGCGAAGCUAUAGCAUGCUAUUUGAAAUGUUUGUUCAUUUAUUUGGAUCAAAGUCUCUUAGCGCAAGACCUUUUGUAAACGCUAUAGCGUGCUAUAGCGGAGCUAUAGCGGGCUAUUUAAAACAGUGGAUACGUCUCAAGUACAAGUAGUGAUGUGGACUGUCCUGCCUUUUUCUGAGAACAUUUUGGUGUCCUGUUGUGUUCACCUCUGCAAAAUUGU